CACGUCGUUUCAUUGCAGGUUGUCACUCCUCUAUAAUUCCCCCAAUUUUCGAUCCAAUUUCGCGAACAUCGUACUAUCGGGAAAUCCUGUCUGCUAACGCAGCAAGAUGUCCAUGCCGAAUCUGCCCCAAUCGCUGUCCAUGAACGCGCCGUUCGGGGCCGGGCCGGGCGCGACGGCCCCGGGCGCCGCCGGCCCUCCGGCGAGCAAGGACCGGAAAAUGGCGUCGGCGGAGCAGCUGGUCCUCGACCUCUGUAACCCCGAUCUCAGAGAAAACGCGCUGCUCGAGCUCUCCAAGAAAAGAGAACUCUUUCAAGAUUUGGCUCCCCUGCUUUGGAACUCCGUUGGUACCAUUGCAGCACUUUUGCAGGAGAUAAUCUUCAUAUACCCUGUCCUAUCGCCACCAAAUUUAACUCCCGCACAAUCAAAUCGAGUCUGCAACGCUCUUGCCCUUCUUCAGUGUGUAGCCUCUCACCCUGACACAAGAAUGUUGUUCCUCAAAGCCCAUAUACCUCUAUACUUGUAUCCUUUCCUCAAUACGGGGAGCAAGACGAGGCCAUUUGAGUAUUUGAGACUGACUAGUCUUGGUGUCAUCGGUGCCCUGGUUAAGGUUGAUGACACUGAAGUUAUUAGUUUUCUUCUCUCGACAGAAAUUAUACCACUGUGCCUUCGAACUAUGGAGAUGGGCAGUGAAUUGUCAAAGACGGUGGCAACAUUUAUUGUUCAGAAGAUUUUGUUGGAUGACUUGGGCUUGGACUAUAUUUGCACAACGGCAGAGCGGUUCUAUGCCGUAGGCCGGGUUUUGAAUCACAUGGUUGGAGCACUUGCUGAACAACCUUCAUCGCGGCUGCUGAAGCACAUUAUUCGUUGUUAUUUGCGUUUAGCAGAUAAUCCAAGGGCUUGCGAUGCAUUGAGAGGUUGCCUUCCCGAAAUGUUAAGGGAUGGCACAUUUAAUUCUUGUCUUCGUGAAGAUCCAACAACUAGGCGGUGGCUUCAACAAUUACUUAAUAUUGUAGCUGUGAACCGUGUGCCCGGGCUUCAGGCUGGCGGAGGUUUCGAUCACAUGCUGUGAACUAAAAAAGUUAAGUGGUGCACAUUUUUACAGAAGUUUAGCAUUCAGACGCUUGGUCCAGUAACAUCAAGUAUAGGAAUGAUUUAUCAUCUGCAUUCAGCUCCUUUUUAGAUUUUAGCUUUGUCCCGGAUAGGGUAAGCUACAAGCUUUGGGAGUUCUUUGGGCUUUUCUAAAGGUAGUUUCAUUGUAAAUGAACAGAGAUGAGGCUACUUAUGUUUUUUUUGGGGGAUUUGAGCGAAUGAAGUUAAGUGCUUGUACUUAAAGAAGGAAUCAAAAAGCUGCUUGGCCACUCAUGAUUUGAGCUCAUGCUGGUUUCUCUCGGGUA